UCCCAGAGUUCGUAGUUUUGACAAUAGCACUUCCGCUGACAGCAGGAAGUGGGUUUGUUUUGGAGAGCAUGAAGCGGGUCACUCGCCAAGUGUGUGAGGAUGGCCCAGUUCCUGAGGAGCAGGAGACAGAGGGGCAGAGGCAACUCCACAGCCUGCUGCUCCAACAACUCGAUACAGGUGUCGAUCUUGACCGCUGUGUAGCCAAGAAGAAAUGCUUUGCCCCAGCUGCCCUGUACAAACCCUUUGGUGAGCAAGCAGCGGGGGUGCGCAGCCUGGCCCAGUUCCAGGCACUGCAGGAUGGAGAGAAGGAGCUCGCCAGCCUGAGAGAGCUGGGCCUCACUGACACUGAGAUAGAGCUGUGGAGGAGCAGAGACCAGCCAGAGAGCGAGUGGAAGAACCGGGGAGUGAGUGUAGCUCCAGAAGCACGGGAUGAGCGGCUCCAGGUCAUUCGGGACAAGAUGGCAGCGCGGGCGGAGUUGCUCUCGCGACCCCAGCGCUUCUCAGCCAGCCGAGCCCUCUCCCGCAGAGAAAUGGAGAUUGAGAAAGCGCUCUUCCACGGCAAUGACCGCUGCAGCUUUCUUACUGCCCUCUACCAUCAAGAAGAAGAUUCACAGAAUGGCCAGCAGGGGGCGGUCUCCUCUAACCCACUGCACACAUUGUAUCAGGACUUCCUCAACGACAAUCAGAAAGACCCUGACUGCAUCCCCUCGGACUCACCUCAGCCAGCUCUUUCAAAUAAACAUGAAUUGACUGAUACAGAUACCGAUCAUAACCAAUCAAAACCGCCAGACCAAGACACUGACCAAUCACAUCUAUCUAAAGACUGCAGUAAAACAUUGAUAAGCUAUGGGCCGGACUCUGAUACUGGCACAAACCGUCAAACACAGACUCACAAUGAAGAGAAGAGCUUACCACAGAAAAUCACAGUGAACCAGUCAAUCGGGCGUCUGACUGCUUCCACUGGUCAGGGUCAGAACAGUCCAGUGACGGUUCAUGGUAGAAUUGAGGAGAUUUCAGAGGAGGAGAUCAGGAAUAAUCGGGACACAGAGGAGGACAUCAGGAAGAUCCCCCGCUUUCAGAACUACCAGCAAGGAGAGCCAUCAAAUGUGCUGUGUGUGAAGAACAUGAGUCCCAGAGCCUCUCUAGCCCAACUGGUGUCACUGUUCUCCAGGUUUCAGAAGGAUGACACCAACCCGAUUUUGUACCGCCUACUGACGGGGAGACUGAAGGGCCAAGCCUUCAUCACGUUCUGUGAUAUAGAGACUGCCCAUGCAGCGCUGAAUAUGCUGAAUGGCUACAGGCUGCUCGACAAGCCCCUUGUCAUCGAGUUUGGCCGGGAAAAGAAAAAUACAAAACCUGAGGCUCAUUCUGGAGGCUCCUGUACAACUACAACACAAGAUGGUCUAUAAAACCACUACAUCAAGAACUCCUUUUCCAAAUCAUUCCACCCAUCAUACUGACAUUACACUGUAAAUAGUAACUGUAAAAAUAAAAUAGUAUAUUUU